UUCACAAACUUUCACUAACUCUAACUCCAACCAUCACCACUACCAAUGAAAAACUUAGUAAGAUUUUCACCACAUCAUAAAACAACCAACCAAAGCUCCUUGUGGUGAAAAUGUUCAAACUACAGAAAUAGGUCACCAGCAUGCUAAAAGUGGUGGUGACUCUCUUCAACCCUACACAUGAAUAGUUCUAUAGAAAUCCAGACCGUCCAAAACCCCUGAACCAAUCGUAGAUGGAGCAUCAGCUGAAAACAUACACAUAAAAUAUGAUAGUAACCAUCUGAUUUUCCAAUGGAAUUUGGACUAAUUCCUAUUCUUCUUUUAACCAUGCGUUUUCUAGCUACUAUUUGAAUGGUUAGGAUUGCUCAAUGAGUGUGAUUUUAGACAUGUAAUCCAUCCACACCAUGCCCCACAAACUGGAUAGUAUGGAUAGCUACACAUGAGCUCCAAAUGUGAAGAGGGAGGAUGUGUCACCACCAUUUUAAAAAUGGUGGUGAACUACCAUAGAAGUGUUUCCUAGCUUAAACACCCUCCACCCUCAUUUUUUUCACCCUUCCAACCCCAGCUUCCCUCCACAUGCAUUCUUUUAACUCUCUAGCUUAAACCUGAAGCAUUGCCAUUCCCACCACCCCAUCUCCAUCACAUGCAAUGCUCCCUUCUCUCUUCUCCUUCACUUCAAAAACCAUCUUCACCACAUUCCCACACCCAUAACAUCACCACCACCACCAUAACACCACCAACCAUCCACUGACCACCACCACCACCCAACUAAAAAAAACCCCACCAACAUGAAAAAAUCCCAACCCCACAUCACCACCAUCAUGAUCAUGGCCAUCUUCUUCUUCUUGUCCUUCACCACCACCUUAUCCUCCAACCUCUCCCCUGAUGGCCAAGCACUUCUUUCUCUCCUUUCUCCAUCUUCUCUCCUCCCAUCAUGGGACCCAUCUCAUCCUACCCCAUGCACAUGGCAAGGCAUCACUUGCUCCCCACAAGGAAGAGUCAUUUCAAUCUCCCUCCCAAACACCUUCCUCAACCUCACCUCCAUCCCUCCAAAGCUCACCUCCCUCUCCUCCCUCCAACUCCUCAAUCUCUCCUCCUCCAACAUCUCUGGCACCAUCCCACCAUCCAUUGGACUCCUCUCCAACCUCCGCCUCCUUGACCUCUCCUCCAAUUCCCUCUCAGGCCCAAUCCCGCCUCAGCUGGGCACUCUCUACUCCCUCCAAUUCCUCCUCCUCAACUCCAACCGCCUAUCUGGGUCCAUCCCUCCCCAGCUCUCCAACCUCUCAUCACUUGAAAUCCUCUGCCUGCAAGACAAUCUCCUCAAUGGAUCGAUACCGUCACAAUUCGGCUCUUUAAUCUCCCUCCAGCAGUUGCGAAUUGGCGGGAAUCCUUUCCUCACUGGUGCAAUCCCAGCCCAAUUAGGCUCACUCACCAAUCUCACCACCUUCGGCGCAGCCGCCACUGGCCUCUUGGGCCCAAUACCAUCCACAUUCGGAAAUCUUAUGAAUCUUCAGACAUUGGCUCUAUACAACACUGAAGUCUCCAGUUCGAUCCCGCCUGAAUUGGGUUCUUGCUCUGAGCUGCGGAAUUUGUAUUUAUACACCAACAAGAUUGCCGGUUCGAUCCCGGCUGAGUUGGGUAAGCUGCAGGAGCUUACAAGCUUGCUUCUAUGGGGUAAUUCAAUCUCUGGGCCCAUCCCAGCCGAGCUUUCCAACUGUUCGUCGCUGGUCAUUCUCGACGUUUCAGCAAACAAGAUUUCGGGCGAAAUCCCGGGUGAGUUCGGAAGACUAACAGUAUUGGAACAGCUUCACCUUUCGGACAAUUUGCUGACAGGUUCAAUUCCAUGGCAGUUGAGUAACUGCACUAGCCUAACAGCUCUUCAGCUUGAUAAGAAUAUGUUAUCUGGGUCUAUUCCAUGGCAGAUUGGUAACUUGAAGUUUUUACAGAGCUUUUUCUUGUGGGGUAAUUCCAUAUCUGGAACCAUACCCGCCUCGUUCGGAAACUGCACUGAACUGUAUGCUCUUGAUCUUUCCAAAAACUGCCUUGUCGGGUCUAUCCCAGAAGAGCUGUUUGGAUUGAAGAAGCUGAGCAAGCUUCUGCUUUUGGGGAAUGCACUUUCAGGUGGGUUGCCUUCAAAUAUCUCAAACUGCCAGUCUUUGGUGAGAUUGAGGCUUGGAGAGAACCAGCUUUCUGGACAGAUUCCUAAAGAGAUUGGAAAAUUACAGAAUCUUGUUUUCUUGGAUUUGUACACAAACCACUUUUCAGAGAAUCUGCCCACUGAGAUUGCAAGCAUUACGGUUUUAGAACUGUUGGAUAUACACAACAACCACAUAACUGGAGAAAUCCCAGCUCAGUUAGGUGAGCUGAUAAAUCUAGAACAGCUUGAUCUUAGCCACAAUAACUUUUCUGGGGAAAUACCGUCAAGUUUUGGUAAUUUAAGCUACUUGAACAAGCUGAAUCUUAACAGCAAUCUAUUAACUGGGUCAGUGCCGAAAUCCAUACAGAACUUGCAGAAAUUGACAUUGCUUGAUUUGAGCUCCAAUAGCCUCUCUGGGCCUAUUCCUGCUGAGAUUGGAUAUGUGACGAGCUUGAUGAUUAGCUUGGAUUUGAGCUCAAAUGCAUUCACAGGCAAAAUUCCUGAGGAAAUUUCAGGUUUGACACAGUUACAGUCAUUGGAUCUUUCACACAAUUCGCUGUUAGGAGGAAUCAGGGUUUUGGGUCAGUUAACAAGUCUUACUUCUCUGAAUAUCUCAUACAACAAUUUCUCCGGACCGAUUCCAGUAACGCCAUUUUUCCGGACUCUAUCAGCUAAUGCAUACCUUCAGAAUCCAAAUCUAUGCCAAUCUCUUGAUGGGUCCAUCUGUUCUUCUACUCUCGUCCGUAGAUCAAGGCUUAAAGCUGUGAAAAUAGUGGCUUUGGUCUGUUUGAUUCUGGGUUGUGUGACAAUGUCCCUUUUCGCAUCUUGGAUUCUAAUAAAUAGAAAUAGAAAAUCAGCAGCUGAUAAUUCAUUGGAUUCAUCUUCGUCGAUGGGAGCAGCCGAUGAUUUCUCAUAUCCAUGGACAUUCACCCCAUUUCAGAAGCUGAAUUUCACUGUCGACAGCAUCUUGGAUUGCUUGAAAGAUGAGAAUGUCAUUGGGAAAGGGUGUUCAGGGGUCGUUUACAGAGCUGAGAUGCCGAAUGGGGAAGUGAUCGCAGUCAAGAAGCUUUGGAAAUCGAGCAAGGAGGAUGAUGGACAUGUUGAUGCUUUUGCUUCGGAGAUUCAGAUUCUUGGACACAUCCGUCAUAGGAACAUCGUGAAGCUCUUGGGUUACUGUUCGAACAAAUGCGUGAAGCUCCUUUUGUAUAAUUACAUCUCGAACGGUAAUUUGCAGCAGCUGUUGCAGGAAAACAGGAGCCUGGACUGGGAAGCAAGGUAUAAGAUUGCAGUGGGGUCAGCACAAGGUCUAGCUUACCUACACCAUGACUGUGUGCCUGCAAUUCUUCACAGAGACGUGAAGUGCAAUAACAUAUUGUUGGAUUCAAAGUUCGAAGCUUAUUUGGCGGAUUUCGGGCUGGCAAAACUGAUGAGUUCACCGAAUUUCCACCAUGCCAUGUCCAGAGUUGCGGGUUCUUAUGGGUAUAUAGCGCCAGAGUAUGGUUACACCAUGAACAUUACAGAAAAGAGCGAUGUUUACAGCUAUGGGGUCGUCCUGCUAGAGAUACUCAGCGGUCGCAGCGCUAUCGAACCACAGGUCGGCGAUGGGCUACACAUUGUCGAGUGGGUAAAGAAGAAGAUGGGGACUUUCGAACCCGCCAUCAAUGUGUUGGACUCGAAACUCCAAGGCCUGCCUGACCAGAUGGUGCAGGAGAUGCUCCAAACACUCGGGAUCGCAAUGUUCUGCGUUAACUCAUUGCCAGCAGAGCGGCCCACCAUGAAGGAAGUGGUGGCACUGUUGAUGGAAGUGAAGAGUCCACCUGAAGAAUGGGGUAAGACUUCACAGCCUCUCAUAAAGCAAGUGAGCCAGAGCUAA